AUGCAGUUCAAACGAUCCCUCCAGCUCGUCGUUCUCGCGGUCGCUGCAGUCCUCUUCGUCGAGGCGCACCCAAUCGACACAACCAUCGAGGAGAGGCAGCUCUUACCAAUUAUCAGCAUCCUCCUCCCGGGCCUGUUCCCACCAAAACCCACCAUCCCAAGCUUGCCACUCCCGACCGGACUCCCCGUCCCAUCGCUUCCAGUGCCAUCGCUCCCGGUACCCGUACCCCAGCAGCCACCCCAGCAACUCCCCUCGCUCCCCCCGCUCCCAAAUCUCCCAGAGUUUCCCGCGUGGCCUGCAUGGCCCGCCUUCCCAGCGUUCCCCGCUUUCCCCGCUUUCCCAGCGUUCACGUAG